AAAUUAAUGACCGGCAAAUCUUGACAGAAGCAAUAAGUGUAAGCAGCUUGAAUCGGCUUAUUAAAAAAAUUGAUUUCUGAUGGCAGAAAAUGCCAGACCGAAGAAAAAUUUUGUGUAAAUCACACGACAUUCGCCUGAAACGAAUAAAUUACCUAAAGAAGCUGAUAGAAUACCGUAACGAAGGCCACGAUAUAUGUUAUACUGAUGAAACUUACAUACACAGCAGCCAUGUUAAAGACAGGGGCUGGUACGAUGAGACUCUAAAAGAAAUCAAGAAGCCAAUUUCUAAAGGCCAACGGCUGAUUAUAAUACAUGGUGGAGAAAAAGGAUUCGUGAACAACGGAUUACUUAUAUUUAAAUCAGUUACAAAAACUGGUGAUUACCAUAAAGACAUGAAUAAUCAAAAUUUCAUGUCAUGGGUUCAAAAGCAAUUGUUGCCGAAUCUGCCUGAAAGGUCCGUCCUCGUUAUAGACAACGCAGCAUACCAUAAUGUACCAAUAAAAAAAAUAUUACGACGGCUUCUAAGAAAGAAGAAAUGUUAA